AUGAAGUUCCUCUUACUUCUGAGCCUGGUGGCACUUUCCCAGUGUCUGACAACAAAAGUUCACCUAAGGAAAACAAAAUCCAUGAGGCAAAUCCUUAAAGAGAAUGGGCUGCUAGAUGAUUUUCUGAAGAAGCAUCCUUAUAAUCUUGGCACAAAAUAUUCCCCCCGGCUGCAAAAUACAUUUGUUAUUGAACCCAUGCAAAAUUAUCUGGAUCUCGAAUACAGCGGCACUAUUUCUAUUGGCACUCCACCACAGGAGUUCAUAGUCCUCUUUGACACUGGUUCUGCCAACUUGUGGGUCCCUUCUGUGUCCUGCUCCAGUCCAGCUUGUACUAACCAUCAUAAAUUCAAUCCACAACUGUCGUCCACUUUCAAAUCCACCAGCCAGAGCGUAGCCAUCACCUAUGGCACCGGAAGCAUGACUGGAGUCCUAGGCUAUGAUACUGUCCAGGUUGGAAGUAUUCGGGUCAGCAACCAAAUCUUUGGUCUGAGUCAGACCGAGCCUGGCAGCUUCCUUUAUUAUGUCCCCUUUGGUGGCAUCCUGGGUCUGGCUUACCCUAGGCUGGCUGCCUCUGGUGCCACUCCUGUUUUUGACAACAUGAUGAGUGAAGGUUUAGUAUCCCAGGAUCUCUUUUCCGUCUACCUGAGUCCUGAUGAGGAGAGCGGGAGCUUUGUAAUGUUUGGUGGCAUUGACUCCUCCUACUAUACUGGAAGUCUCAACUGGGUGCCCGUUACUGCUGAAUACUUUUGGCAGAUCACUGUGGACAGCAUCACCCUCAAUGGUAAAGUUAUCGCUUGUUCCGGUGGCUGUCAAGCUAUUGUUGACACUGGUACCUCCCUCUUGGUAGGUCCCCCCAAUGGCAUUGCUAGCAUUCAGAAUGCCAUUGGUGCUACCCAAGCUAAUCAGGUAAGCUUGAUAAUAAUGUGCAAUGCUAUCAAAGAAUUGGCUGACAUUGUCUUCACCAUCAAUGGCAUUGAAUACCCUGUGCCCGCCAGUGCCUACUUUCGCCAGUCCCAAGGUUAUUGCACGAGUGGCUUUGAGGAUAUGCCCUUCCAGUAUGAUCUUUGGAUCCUUGGUGAUAUCUUCAUUCGUCUAUACUAUUGUGUCUUUGAUCGAGCAAACAACCAGAUUGGCCUGGCUCCUGUGGCACAGUAA